AUGAUGAAGAUAAUGGUAGAAAACAUGGUUGAUGAAGAUGUUUUACCCGUACGUAUUGGUAGUGAUAAUAUUAAGGUAUCAUCAAAAGCAAAAGGUUAUAACCGUAUGGAUUUGGUACUUAAUGGUUUAUGGGAUUCAACAGUUGAUGUUAAUGUUUGUGAAUUUGAUGCCAUGAAUCAGGGUUUACCAGUCGAUAUCACCAUUGAACGAUUAUUAAAAUAUUACACGGCUUAUGAAUAUGUUCCAAUUAAAGGUAUGCCAAGAUCGACAACAAAUGACGAAGAUAAAGAAAAAAUUAGUGUUCAAUCAAGAGGUUUUAAUGAUGAUCAUAUUGACAAAAAUGAUUAUGUUUUAUUUGUUGAAAAUCAGAUUAUUGAAGAAGCACGUACAAGUGAUGACGACGAUGAGAAAAAACAACAAGGUGGUGAAUAUCGUCCAGUAUAUGAUCACAUUUACACGUCUUCGUGCAUUAUUACUUAUUUACACUUAAAAAUGGCUACUAGUCAACCUACAUUAAUUAGAUUUUAUGGUGUUGAAUCCAAUUAUUCAAAAGAAGAUAUAUUGGGGCAAUUCAAUUAUUAUGCUGGUGAAGAAUACCAUGAAGAUGACUAUAUCGUGUUAGUCCGUGUGGGUUGCAAUCAAGUUGAACAGGGAUUAAUGUUCAUCAAACCAGAAAUUACCUAUAAAGCAAGUGGAAAAUUCCAAUUCGGUUCUGAAAAAUAUGGUCAAAUAUUAGCAACACCUUUUAACAUGUUUCAAUUGUUAUAUGUUCGUGGCAAAAAUAUUCUUGGUCGAUCCGUAUCAUUUAAAACAAGUGGUUUUUCAAUCACUGCCGAACGUUUAAAUAUUUUACGUUGUAUUUCGUAUUUUCGUUCUGUUCAUCGUGGUGAUGCAUUUACUAAAGCAAAAACAACAUCAGUGAGAAAAUUACAUCCCGAAGCAUGA